AUGGUUCGAGGUGAACCCACGACGAUACAGGCUGCACUUUUUGCUCUUGGGAUUAACCUCAAAAUGGAGAAACACAGCGAAUAUCAUCGGCAGAGCAUACUUUUAUAUUUGGAAAAAGGCAAGAAACCGGUGGAAACUGGCAGGAUGAUAUUCGUUGUGUAUGGAAAGGAUGCUUUUAUGGAACGUGAUUGUCAGAAGUGGUUUACAAGAUUACAAUCAGGAAAUUUUUCGGUUCAAGAUACACUCCACUCUGGCCGGGCAGCUGAGAUUAAUUGCGACGAAAUGGAGUCAGUCGACGCCAGGAUGCUAGUAGACAUUUCCCAAAUAUCCAAAUUGAGUGUUGAGAAAAUCAUCUGGUUACGUCAGCAUAUUCGAUGUUUGGGUGACGCAUCAAUUGAAUGA